UCACACCAAGAAGAACUGAUCGUGCCACUCUACUCUCUCUCUUUAACUGUAAAUAGAUUUCUCCAUCUGUACUGAUUCUCAUCGGAACCUGCGUUUUCUCCGGCGUGAUCCGAGCUUUUCCGACCAAGAUUCUUCGAAAGAUGACGGUGAUCAUGCUCUUUCCGGUAAGAUAGUUCGGUUGAUGACUUUCUUGCACAAUAACAUGUUAGAUCGAUCCAUCGUAGCUCAUCCUCGAUCCAAAACUUGGUUUCACAGGAGGAAGAAAACGUUAACUCAGUGAUUCAAAAGAUUUUCUUUUUCUCCAAGUUUAUGUGAAAUUGUUUGCAUCGAUUUUUUUCUUUUUUGAGGUUUUUUUUUGGCAAGUGUACAGUCUAUACGGUUAGGGUUUCUUGUUUUGGUCUGUGGAGUUUGUACAGAUAGGUUGUACAUAAAGAAAGUGAUAGAUUAGGUUAGGGCAAGAAAGUGGAUUGACGACUGAACCAAUUUUGUGGGGCGUUUGCGGAUAAAAAGGUGUUCGACGAAUCUAAGACUGAGAUCUGAUCGAAUUUCUUGAAGUCUUUUUUGGGUGCUUGAAAAGUGGCGAAGAUGAAUUUGCGUUCCGCGGAGGAAGAAUCGGCGCAAGAGAUUCAUGUCCCGGCGGAUAUAGAUUGGCAAAUGCUCAAUAAAUCGAAGUUCUUCUUCCUCGGCGCCGCCUUGUUUUCGGGUGUUUCCGCUUCUCUUUACCCCGUUGUGGUGUUGAAAACCAGGCAACAAGUAGCUCAAUCUCAAGUUUCUAGCAUCAAGACGGCGUUUUCGCUGGUUAGGCACGAGGGUUUCAGGGCAUUGUACAGAGGAUUUGGGACUUCUUUGAUGGGAACAAUCCCAGCUCGAGCCCUUUACAUGGCGGCACUCGAAGUCACCAAGAGCAAUGUGGGGACUGUCACUGUCCGGCUAGGUCUUCCUGAACCAACGGCGGCGGCCAUAGCCAAUGCGACUGCGGGGUUGAGCGCGGCAGUGGCUGCGCAGCUUGUGUGGACUCCAGUCGAUGUGAUCAGCCAGAGACUAAUGGUGCAAAGUUGCGGAAAUUCGAGACUUCCUAAUGCUUCGGCGUGUAAAUAUCUUAACGGGAUCGAUGCGUUUAGGAAGAUUCUUAACACGGACGGUCCUAAGGGUUUGUACAGAGGGUUUGGGAUAUCAAUUUUGACAUACGCGCCGUCGAAUGCGGUUUGGUGGGCUUCUUAUUCUGUUGCUCAGAGGCUGGUUUGGAGUGGAUUUGGUUGUUAUUUUGUUAAGAAGGAUGACGAGAGUAGCGAGAAUGGGGUAUUCACGUUUAGACCAGACUCGAAAACGGUAAUGGCAGUUCAGGGAGUCAGUGCAGCCAUGGCGGGCGGCGUUUCGGCCUUGAUCACAAUGCCCCUAGACACCAUCAAGACGAGGUUGCAAGUUUUGGAUGGCGAUGAGAACGGGCGUCGCGGACCGACUAUUGGACAGACAGUGAGGAACUUGAUCAAGGAAGGAGGGUGGACAGCUUGUUACAGAGGUUUGGGGCCUCGAUGGGCUUCAAUGUCAAUGUCUGCAACAACAAUGAUCACCACCUAUGAGUUUCUGAAACGGCUCUCCACAAAGAAUCAAGAGGUUUUGACGCACUGAAUAAUGACAACUGGGGUGUCGGAUGUAAAAGAAAAGUGCUUUUUUUCUUUUUUACAUCUCAAAUCUUUGAUCCUUGUCUAAUCCUGUAAUCUUUUUUUUAUGAACUAUCUUUCUUCUCUUUUUGGCUUUUUUUUUUUUUCUUCCUUCAAGUUGACUGCCUGCAUGAUGGGUGAUCAAUGCAAGUCAUUGCAGGUCUCUUUUACAUAAAUGGAAACAGUUUCUUUUCCU